CCUGAUUCAUGUUUGUUUUUCCGUCUCCGUUGAAUGCGCGUUAUUCUCCAUUUUCCUCUCACGUCCCCAGCAGUCUACUUCUUGAGAGGAGACUCAACUCAUGCAGCAUCUUGUUGAGACGUCGCUGUCCAAGGUCCUGAAAUCUGCUUUCCCAAGCAUGCGUCAUGUGACUUCACCCAGCUCUGCCUAGCUCAGCACCAAGCCUACUGGUUUCUGGAGAUUUCAUGUGAGAAAAGGACAAACCUCGAACCCGUUUUCCUGCGCCCGAGACUCUUAUUUCUCUGCCUACUUUCCGUGCUUUUGCUUUUGUUUUUUGUUUUUUCCUGUUUUUUGUUUUUUUACACAAUCGGAUAAUGUGGACCUUCCAAGCGCACGGAGUAUGACAAAAGAUUUUAGGAUGCUGGACUUGUGCUCCCCGUUUUGUUCCUCUCUUUUUACUUAAAUGCCAACACGGUGAAUGCGUCGGACAGAGUGGACAAGCCUGCUGCCAGAGGUCCGCAUUCAGAAAGUCAACAUUUGAUAUUUCUCCGGAUCGACUUCAGAAGGAUGUAACGGCCGAUCCACCGUGUGCAGCUCAAGUGUCCUCAUCAAAAUGCAGAAGGGAAUACGACUUAAUGAUGGUCAUGUCACCUACCUGGGGCUUUUGGCAAAGAAGGAUGGUACGAGGCGAGGGUGCUUGAGCAAAAAGAGCUCAGACAACACGAAAUGGCACACAAAGUGGUUCGCUUUGUUGCAGAAUAUGCUGUUUUAUUUUGAGAACGAGUCCAGCUCGCGACCCUCAGGAUUAUACCUGUUGGAAGGAUGCAUAUGCGACAGGGCGCCUUCACCGAAACCUUCACUGUCAGCCAAGGAGUGUUUGGAAAAGCAGUACUAUUUCACAGUCAGCUUCACCCAUGAAAACCAAAAGGCUCUUGAGUUACGCACAGAAGAUGUAAAAGACUGCGAUGAAUGGGUGGCUGCAAUAUCACACGCCAGUUACAGAAACUUGGCCACUGAGCAUGAGACCCUCAUGCAGAAGUAUCUUCAUCUGCUUCAGAUUGUGGAGACGGAGAAAACAGUUGCUAAGCAACUUCGACAACAGAUAGAGGAUGGGGAAAUAGAGAUCGAAAGGCUCAAAUCAGAGAUCGCUGGGCUGCUCAAGGACAACGAGAAGAUCCACGCCAGCCCCGCGGCCGCCCCUAGCGAGGACGAUUCAGAAAUCAAGAAGAUCAAAAAGGUCCAGAGUUUUCUGAGGGGGUGGAUUUGCAGGAGGAAGUGGAAGACCAUCAUCCAGGACUACAUCCGCUCCCCUCACGCCGAGAGCAUGAGGAAGAGGAACCAGGUGGUGUUCAGCAUGUUGGACUCGGAGGCAGAGUACGUCCAGCAGCUUCAUAUCCUGGUGAACAACUUCCUGAGGCCGCUGCGCAUGGCGGCCAGCUCCAAGAAGCCACCGAUCACCCACGAUGAUGUCAGCAGCAUAUUCCUCAACAGUGAGACCAUCAUGUUUCUACAUCAGAUAUUUUAUCAAGGUCUGAAAGCCAGAAUAGCGAGUUGGCCGACAUUAGUGCUGGCUGACCUCUUCGACAUCUUGCUGCCCAUGCUGAACAUCUACCAGGAGUUUGUGAGGAACCACCAGUACAGCCUACAGAUCCUGGCUCACUGCAAGCAGAACCGAGACUUUGACAAGCUGCUUAAGCAGUACGAGGCCAAGCCCGACUGUGAGGAGAGGACCCUGGAGACCUUCCUCACCUACCCCAUGUUCCAGAUUCCUCGAUAUAUUCUCACACUCCAUGAACUCUUGGCCCACACACCCCAUGAACACAUAGAGAGAAACAGUUUGGACUAUGCCAAAUCUAAGCUGGAGGAACUUUCCAGAAUAAUGCACGAUGAAGUAAGCGAGACCGAGAAUAUCAGGAAGAACUUGGCAAUAGAGCGCAUGAUCGUGGAGGGCUGCGAGAUUCUCCUUGACACCAGCCAGACCUUUGUAAGACAAGGGUCCCUCAUCCAGGUGCCGAUGAGCGAGAAGGGCAAGAUCACCCGUGGGCGACUGGGCUCUCUGUCUCUGAAGAAGGAGGGGGAAAGGCAGUGCUUUCUCUUCUCCAAACAUUUAAUCAUCUGCACCAGGGGUUCCGGGGGAAAGCUUCAUCUCACCAAGAAUGGAGUAGUCUCACUUAUAGACUGCACUCUCAUGGAGGAUCCUGAGGGGACAGAUGAUGAGGCUAAAUCAGACAAGAGUGGCCAGGACAUGGAGCACCUGGACUUCAAGAUUGUGGUGGAGCCAAAGGACAGCCAGUCAUUCACAGUCAUCCUGGUUGCCUCCUCCAGGCAGGAGAAGUCUGCAUGGACCAGUGACAUCAGCCAGUGCAUAGACAACAUCCGCUGCAAUGGCCUCAUGAUGAACGCCUUUGAAGACAACUCCAAAGUCACAGUGCCACAGAUGAUCAAGUCAGAUUCAAGUCUGUACUGCGAUGAUGUGGAUAUCCGCUUCAGCAAGAUGAUGAACUCCUGCAAGGUGCUGCAGAUCCGCUACGCCAGCGUCGAGCGCCUGCUGGAGAGACUGACUGAUCUCCGUUUCCUCUCAAUCGACUUCCUCAACACCUUCCUGCACUCCUAUCGCGUGUUCACCACCGCUGAUGUGGUGCUAGAUAAACUCAUCACCAUCUACAAGAAGCCCAUCAGUGCCAUCCCUGCUCGGUCCCUGGAGUUAUUCUUUGCCAGCAGUCAAAACAGUAAACUCCUGUAUGGGGAGCCUCCCAGCUCCCCCAGGGCCAGCAGAAAGUUCUCCUCCCCUCCUCCUCUGGCUAUUGCCAAGAACUCAUCCCCAAACCGACGUCGCAAGCUCUCCCUCAACAUCCCCAUCAUCACUGGGGGCAAAGCUCUUGACCUGGCUGCCCUCAGCUGCUCCUCAAAUGGCUAUGCAAGCAUGUACUCCUCCAUGUCCCCAUUCAGCAAGACCACCUUGGACAUCAACAAACUCUACGUGUCCAGCCCCAUCGCAAGCAAGAUCUCAGACGAGGGAGAGGACAAGAAGGAGAAGGCGGAGGACACCUCGGCGUGCAAACAAGAUCUCUCUGUGCGAGAAGAAAGUGACAACGACCAAAACCAGAGUGAUGACGGGGACCCUGAAGCUUCUCCCACCAAGUCUCCGACCACGCCAAAAAAUGUCAAAUGCAAAAACUCAUCAGAAUUUUCCCUGUUUUCCUACAAUAAUGGUAUGGUGAUGUCCUCGUGCCGAGAGCUGGACAACAACCGCAGUGCCCUGUCUGCUGCCUCUGCCUUUGCUAUCGCUACAGCUGGAGCCAAUGAGGGUACACCUACUAAGGAGAAAUACCGUCGGAUGUCCCUCGCCAGUUCAGGUUUUCCAACAGAUCAGAGGAAUGGAGAUAAAGAGUUUGUGAUCAGACGAGCAGCAACCAACAGAGUCCUGAAUGUGCUGAGGCAUUGGGUAUCCAAACAUUCACCGGACUUUGAGAGUAACAACGAGCUGAAGACAAAAGUUAUCGCCUUCCUGGAGGAAGUGAUGCACGACCCUGAGCUGCUGACCCAGGAGAGGAAAGCCGCGGCCAACAUCAUCAGGACUUUAACUCAGGAAGACCAUGGUGACAAUCAGAUCACCCUAGAGGAUGUGACACAACUGGUUGGAGGAGGGAGAGCCGAGCCCUUUGAGAACCACUCGGCGUUGGAAAUCGCAGAGCAGCUCACUCUGCUGGACCACCUGGUGUUCAAGGUCAUCCCAUAUGAGGAGUUCUUUGGACAAGGUUGGAUGAAGAAUGACAAAAACGAGAAGACGCCGUAUAUCAUGAGGACAACCAAGCACUUCAAUGAUAUAAGCAACCUCAUUGCCACAGAGAUCCUGCACUGUGAGGACGUGGUCACUCGGGUGUCGGUCAUUGAGAAAUGGGUGGCUGUUGCCGACAUCUGCCGCUGUCUGCACAACUACAACGCUGUACUCGAGAUCACCUCCUCACUUAACCGCAGCUCUGUUUUCCGCCUCAAAAAGACCUGGCUCAAAGUGUCCAAGCAGACGAAAGCUCUGACCGACAAGCUGCAGAAGCUGGUCUCAUCCGAAGGAAGGUUCAAAAACCUGAGAGAGGCUUUGAAGAACUGUGAUCCCCCAUGCGUGCCCUAUCUGGGGAUGUACCUCACGGACCUGGCUUUCAUCGAGGAGGGAACGCCAAACUACACAGAAGACAACUUGGUCAACUUCUCAAAGAUGAGGAUGAUUUCUCACAUCAUCAGAGAAAUCAGACAGUUUCAGCAAACAGCGUAUAAGAUCGACCUGCAACCAAAGGUAGCCCAGUAUCUGCUGGACAGGAGCUCGGUUCUGGAUGAAGAAAGCAUGUACGAAGCCUCUCUCAGAAUUGAGCCUAAAGUGCCCAACUGAUGGGGAAGGUGGCCCUCCACAUUAUUUUAUUGUUAAUACUACACAUCACUUAACACACACAUCGACAUUUUGUAUAGUUGUACAUGUUUCAGAUAUUUGCUCUUCUGUACAGUAGAUGUUUAAGGUUAUUUAAUGACACGAAACAUUUUAGUGUAUAUUUUUUGUUUGUUGCCAUUGCCAUGACGACAACUGCUUAAAGGAUUUUUUUUUUAAUUAUUAUUAUUUCUUUUGGGUGUUUCAACAACAACAAUAAUAAUAAUACUAAUAAUAAUAGAGGUCACUUUAGUUGCAUGCAACUGUGUCUUCUUAGUGACCAAUGACAUUAUUUUGUCAUACUGUGUCGAAUUUGCACUUUCUGAGCACUCGUGCUGCUGGCCGUUGUUCUCUUGGCUUGAGUUUUAUUGAUGACCGAGUUUCUCUGCAACCAAUGUAGCAUUGCAAAAACGAACUGCAUAAAAUCAGGUAAAAGAGCACAGAGAAUAUACCUGUAUUCAAAGACAGGGAACAAUGAUCAGUGGAAAUGACAGUAUGGUAUCCAAAGCAUAAGUGUCUCUGUGCUUCCCAAACCAAAAUGAGAGGGGUUUGUUUCUUCAUUUCUGCUCGUCGCUCUAAAGACGGGGGUUCCCAACUGUUGUUGCACAACUUUCCCUAUUCUUGGAGUGACAGUGUUUCUGUGGACCAGCCAAGUGAAAGCAACUACAAACACAACAACACAACGACAAGUUCUGCGUCUUUUACUGAAUUAAAAUAAAUACAAUUUAUUAUCAUACCAUGACAUUUAGUGUACUAGCCAUGCAAGCAUGCUUGAGUUACGGCAAAAUGUAAAAUUCAGAUUUGAACGUGCUGAUGUCUAAUAGGCUACAUCGACUGACACCCAUCGCACCAUUGUUUAGCUUGUUCGCACCUUUAUUUCUCGUUAGCAUGCUCACGUUUGCUAAUUAACACUGAACCUUCAGCUCAAGCAUGUAACAUUUUGACUUGAUAAUGAAAAAAGGUGAAAAGGAUAAAGGAACGCCAAAGUAUUACCACGCAGCGUGGUACGCAGCAUCAUGUGCAAUGUUUCUAUUAACUACUAACUAUUUUUUAGACAUUUUGCUAAAAAUCACAACCUGAGGAGGAUGUCAGUAGUCUUUGGAUCCUAUAGAUGCAGUAUCUGGGUCACAUUUGUCAAAACGUACCAAAGUGGUUCAAAUAUUUCAGUCCAGACCAAAGCUGUGGUGCUGAUGGUCUAACAUUAUGGUCAUGUUGCACGGGCCAAAAUGUAACAACUGACUGCCAAGGAAGUGCAUUUAUAGAAAACUAUGAUUUUAGAUACCUCUUUUUUACUUAGCAGAAUAUGAGCCUGACAACAUGUCAUUUGGAUUUCAUUAUAGCUACAGAUACAGUUCUGAUCCAGAGAAAGAAAAAAAAACACUGGCUAGUCCUUCAGCUGAUCAGAGUAAUUGCUGUUUUAAAUGAAAUCAACUUAACGUCGUUCAGACGACUAAGUUGCUAUUACUCUUCUGUCCUUGACCACAUAAAACCCGACCAAAUGGCUUGAUUGUCCCGGCAGAUGUUUGUAGGGGCAUAACAAAUUUUAGGGAAAGUUCGGGUGGUCCAGUGAUAAAUGUGCCAAGGCCUGGUAACGGUCCACAGCCCGGGGGUUGGGAACCUCUGUUCUAAGCUACAUGUCAUCAUUAACCUAUGAUGUCUAUUUUUAUUUGUUGUAAUGCGAUGCACUCUUUUUGUAGCCCGUUGGCACAUGAGGUGCCUAAAGUUAGACUUACACACCUCAGCCCAUUUUAUAGAACCAGUUACAGGCUGUGUAUCAGCAUACAGAGAUAGAGAAGGUUUACAUCGUUUUAGUUUGGAGCCAUUUAAGGUGAUGGAUGAUAUGCCAAUACAGCACUUUGUCUAAGUUACUUUCUUUUCUGUUCAAUGCAAACUCAUGAAAAAAAACAAACAAACAAACAAACAAACAAAAAAAAAACAAUCCCAUGCAGUGGUAAGUGUUGUAACUUCAGGUUGGGGUUCUACUUCUGUAGAGUAAAAGGUUGUUGCUCUCCUGUAAUUAAAAGACAAUCUGUCCUUUUUGCUGUUCCAGUGAUUGUGGAACGUGACUGUAUAUCACUCUGUUAUAUGCAUUGCUGUUAAAAACUAUGAUAAAAUGUAUGUGAAUGACCUCUGCCUGCAGCAUUCAAACACUAUUUUUGUAGUAGUAUACGAGAGAGUGACCUGCUCUUUAUAUGAACAUGGGAAAGUAUUUUGUACUUUGUUGUUAAUUCACUUCACUGAGAUGUGCUGUACAUUUUGUACAUGCGACCCGGCAUAUUUCUCAAUGUGAAACCGUGUAAUCCUUUCAGAAACGAGUUGUAUCUCAAGCUUAACUCUAAAUGCUACAACAGUGUGGUCCUGAAACCAUGACUUAGAGGUAGGAGACAACUUCAAAGUGUUUUGCAUUUAUACUGUAAUCCUGUCUAUAACCAUUUCUGUUAGCAGGAAUAUAGUAACGUAGUGCUUAUUCUGUGAAUAUUUGUAUGUAUUUUUACUAUGUAUGUACAGUACACUUUUGAAGCUCAUGUGGUAGGCAUGCAACACCCUCACAGACAGAAUAAUACUAUAUACUUAUACUGUAUACACUUAUACAUGCACAUACUCUUAUAAGGUAUUUAAACAAAUAAACAUUUUGCUGUUAGCAAUACCCAGUGGUAUGAAAAUUAUCUUUCAACCCUCAUGUUUCCACAGCCUAACAAAUAUUCCCAGUUUUGUAAGAAAAAAAAAUAAACAGAAUAAAAGAUAUGAAGAUGAUAAUAACAACUAAUAAACAGAAAUAUGUUUCCCAGUUACCUCUUGCUAAUAAAUCCAUUUUAUCUCAGGGGCA